AUGCCUGGGAUUGAAGAACAACCCUAUAAGGUCCUCGUCGUCGGAGGUUCCUACGCCGGUUUGGCCGCGACUCUGAACCUGAUCGAUCUGUGUCAUGGUCGGAAAUGCCGCUUCAAUCUAGACCCCAAUGCAGUCGCGCCCGAGAAGAAGAUUCCUGUACAGGUCACCAUUGUGGAUGAGCGCGAUGGAUAUUACCACUUGAUCGGCGUCCCUCUUGCACUCGGUUCCAACAAAGAUGCCAGUGACUUCUGGAAAAAAUACGAAGAUAUCCCCGCCCUCCAGAACCUGGAUAUCAAGACAAUUCAAGGACGCGUAGACUACGUGGACUGUAAAUCGCGAGUGGCACGCAUUCACCAAAGCACAGCAAACGAUGGGCACAAGGUUGUUGAGGAGAAAUAUGAUUAUAUGAUUGCAACCACCGGCCUACGGAGAGAAUGGCCAAGUGCGCCGAAGUCGUUCACUCGGGAGGCGUAUCUUGCUGAAACGGCGGACUCCGUUGAGACCAUUGAGAAUGCUGCGCAGGGUGUUGUAGUCAUCGGUGGUGGCGCUGUCGGCAUCGAAAUCGCAGCGGAACUCAAGAUGCUCCGUCCACAAAGCAAAGUCACACUCAUCCACUCUCGACAGACCCUACUCUCAUCCGAGCCCCUCCCCGCGGAAUUCAGCGCGAAGACACUCGAGCUCCUCGAAGAGUCAAAUGUAGAACUGGUUCUAGGUGCGCGGGUCGAGGAAACAGUCCCAGCCAACGACUCAACCUCGGCAAAGUACACACUCAAGCUCUCCAACGGCGAGGAAAUCAACGCCGACCAUGUCAUCAACGCCGUAUCCAAGUUCACCCCCACAUCAUCCUAUCUACCCAGCGGUGCCUGUGAUUCAGAGGGGUACAUCCGCAUCACACCCAGUCUUGAGUUCUCUGGCGAUGUUCCUAACAAGGAGUACCACUAUGCCGCAGGUGAUAUUGCUUGCUGGUCUGGAAUCAAGCGUGGUGGAGCGGCGAUGCACCAGGGUCAUUUUGCUGUGGUGAACAUUCAUCAGAAAAUGAUGGCUGAGAGAUAUAAGACCGAACCUAAGUUUGUGGAGCUGGCUGAGGUUAAGCCUAUGAUGGCAUUGGCUCUUGGAGCUACGGCCGUUGGUUACUUCCCUGCUACGGGUAUUUCGUCCGGUGAUGAAGUGCGAAACAUGUUUUUCAAUGAGGACCUCGGGUAUCAAAUUUGUUGGAAAUGGAUGCGUCUUGGAGAAGCUACCGAUUAA